UUUUUUUUUUUUAAAACCCCAAAAAAGUGAACAAAAACAAUGCUAUCGGCCUCUUCCGCCGCCACCACGCCGGCCACCGCCAUUGCCGCCAAAGCUUUCCGCACCCAAAUUCCGCAGCUCCACACCAUCCGAACAAGAACUGAUCAUUGUUUCGGCCCACAACAGUUCUCGAAGACAUCGUAUAGGUUGUUUGUUCAUCCGGUGAAGGCCAUGGCUGAAACUGUAGCUACUCCUCAGUCUGCUCCCAAGUUGUCAACUUCAGGGAGGAAGCAAGCAUUGAUAUCACUUUCAGAUAAGACAGACUUGGCUAAGCUUGGCAAUGGGCUGCAGGAGUUGGGGUACACAAUUGUUUCAACGGGAGGCACUGCAUCCGCUUUGGAAGGUGCUGGUGUGUCUGUCACCAAAGUGGAAGAGCUGACACGUUUCCCUGAAAUGCUUGAUGGCCGUGUAAAAACUUUGCAUCCAGGCAUUCAUGGAGGUAUUCUUGCUAGAAGGGAUCAGGAGCAUCACAUGGAAGCUCUUGAAAAGCAUGAAAUUGGUACAUUUGAUGUUGUAGUGGUCAACUUGUAUCCCUUUUAUGCCAAGGUUUCUUCUUCAAGUGGAAUUUCAUUUGAGGAUGGAAUUGAAAACAUCGAUAUUGGUGGACCUGCCAUGAUUAGAGCUGCUGCAAAGAAUCAUAGGGAUGUUUUGGUCGUAGUUGAUUCUGAAGAUUACCCAGAUCUUUUGGAGUUCCUACGUGGAGAUAGUGAUGACCAACAAUUUCGAAGGAAGUUGGCCUGGAAAGCUUUUCAACAUGUUGCUUCAUAUGAUUCUGCAGUUUCAGAGUGGCUGUGGAAACAGACUGUUGGAGAUAAGUUCCCUCCCAGCCUGACAGUGCCACUCUCUCUAAAAGACCAACUUCGAUAUGGUGAAAAUCCUCAUCAGAAGGCUGCAGUUUAUGCUGACAAGUCUCUGUCUGAGGUUAAUGCUGGUGGAAUUGCAACUGUUAUCCAACACCAUGGCAAGGAGAUGUCAUAUAACAACUAUCUGGAUGCCGAUGCAGCUUGGAAUUGUGUCUGUGAUUUUAAUAAACCAACAUGUGUUGUUGUGAAGCAUACAAAUCCUUGUGGAGUUGCAUCACGGAAUGAUAUCAUUGAAGCAUAUAGGCUAGCUGUGAAAGCAGAUCCAGUUAGUGCAUUUGGUGGUAUAGUAGCCUUCAAUGUCGAAGUUGAUGAGGCUCUUGCAAAGGAUAUUCGAGAAUUUAGAAGCCCUACAGAUGGUGAGACUAGGAUGUUUUAUGAAAUAGUAGUCGCACCAAAGUACACAGAGAAGGGUUUUGAGGUUCUCCGUGGGAAGUCUAAGACUUUGAGAAUCCUUGAGGCAAGUAAAAACAACAAGGGAAAACUUUCUCUUAGACAAAUUGGUGGUGGUUGGUUAGCUCAGGACUCAGAUGAUUUGACCCCGGAAGAUAUCCAAUUCAAUGUCAUGUCUGACAAAACUCCACAAGAAAAUGAGCUUAAUGAUGCACAGUUUGCUUGGUUAUGUGUCAAGCAUGUCAAGAGCAAUGCCAUAGUAAUUGCAAAGAACAAUUGUAUGUUAGGAAUGGGGAGUGGACAACCAAAUCGUCUAGAGAGUUUGAGGAUUGCUAUGAGGAAAGCUGGAGAUGAAGUAAAAGGAGCUGCUUUGGCAAGUGAUGCUUUCUUCCCAUUUGCAUGGAAUGAUGCUGUUGAAGAGGCGUGUCAAAGCGGAGUGAGCGUUAUUGCAGAACCAGGAGGGAGUAUAAGGGACAAGGAUGCAGUGGAGUGCUGUAACAAGUAUGGAGUCUCACUUGUUUUCACCAACGUGAGACACUUCAGGCAUUAGAUGUUUGGUAGGGCAUCAUUAGGCGCAUCAUCUAUUAUCUUUACCAAGUUUUGUUGAUAGCUAACAUUCAUCUCUGAUAGUUUUGAGGAAUUCUCUCAGAUUUAGGAGUAUGAGUGUAUCAUAGGUAAAUUGUUCCUUGUAUGGGAAUCGUACUUGCUUGUCUAGUAAGUUUUCGAACUACUUGAUGGGCUAAGUUAUCCAAACUAGAGCAAUAGAAAUGUCUUCUUCAGGCUUAUAGUCUGGUGAACGUUUCUGAAGCCACAUUUUCAUCCCUUCAAUUUCAACAACUCUCUUGUACCAUACUAGAUUGAAAUCAUCAUCGUUUGUGAAAUUUAUGAAUACAUUGUACCUAGUG